UUUCCAGCACUACAAACCUGCUGAUUAGACAUAAACACAUAAUCACAAAAGACGCGCGACUUUUAUAAUCCGGAUUAAUUACCUGUUUUAAAGAUGAGCCUUGCAAGCAGUGACAGGGAAAGUGAAACUGGCCAGUUUAGCUUUCCCGCCAGCUGGCAGGAUAACGUUAGAAUGCAGGUGCAGUUCGCCAUGUUUCGAUCGAGACACCUGGAUGCGGAGAUGUACGACGCAAAAAUGAAUUUCUGGAUGGAAUUAAUUGCAAAAUAUCUGAAGUUCAGCGGACGACCAAUCUUCAGCCUGCGGAAUCUGCAGCUGCUGUUCAUGAGGGGUGACCAACUGCCCGCCUGCCUGGACACCGUGAUAUCUGAGAUGCAAAAGAUGAAGCAGAUCCGCUUUCGCAGUGAAUUCGAGCACGAUCCGGCCAAUUCCUGGAGUGGAUGGCUCGUCAACAGCCUAGUCACACGUCCCCUUUCAUGGGGCUGGUCGAAAAUAAAGCACAGCGUGGUGACAGAGGACCUAGAGGCCUCCACUUUAGUUGAAUGGAUUCACCUAGAUGUCUUAAAUAACACUUGCGAUCUCAUAAUCGAAAAAAUCCUGUCGGAAAACACUGGAAAGUUACUGCAUUUCAGUGCGUUAAAAAAGCUCUGUAAGGCUCACGGAGUUCGCAUUUACUCAGACAAGGAUCUAUGCGUUUGCCUGUUGGCCCUAAAUGUUCGCCAAACCGUCGGCCUAGAAUAUAAAACAGAAAAAGGGAUACGCCAAAUUCAUUUGAUCAAAAUACCAAGAAAAGAGGGCGAUGAUCUUAAUAUAAGCCAAGAAGACCAGGCCGUCCACAAUCUUCAGAACACACAAGCUCAGUUGCUCAAGCAGUUGGAGGAACUAGAGGAGGAGAUCAAGGUAAACGAUGACAAAGCGCGGCAGUACAUGAAAGAGAACAAGCGGCAAAUGGCAAAAACCUAUCUACGAAAAAGGCAUCUCCUGGAAAAGAAUCAUGAACGUCGCAGUCUUGCCCUACACAACAUCGAAUCUCUUUUGUCCAGUGUGGAUGAGGCUCAAAGCAGUGGCGCUGUUCUGGAUGCCUACAAAAUUGGAUCAAAUACUUUGAAGAAGGUUCUCUCGGAUUCUGGAUUGAAGUACGACAAUGUCGACGAAGUAUUGGCCGAUGUGCGGGAUACUCUGGACCAGCAUCGGGAAGUUCAGGACGUAAUGUCCAAUAGCGUUGUGGAGAACGCGAGCAUGGAAGAAGAUCAACUAGAGCAGGAAUUGCGCGAACUGUGUGGAGAAUCUGCGCCGGCUACGUUAAGUUCACUUAUUAAUAACAACAGAAAGGCGGAGGUUGUGAUUACGGACGAGGAGAUGAUUGCUAUGCUGCAAGAUCUCGAAGUGGAGGAUGGUACCAUAUCGCAAUCAAGUGCCAAAACCGUGAAAACUGUGCAGGGACUUAAAAAUGCUCUAUAAAUGUUGUGUUUUUUUAAAUGGUAU